AUGGUUUGCGGGCGAGUGCGCACCAAAACAGUCAAGAAAGCUUCCCGUGUUAUUAUCGAAAAAUAUUAUACUAAAUUGACGCAUGAUUUUCACACAAAUAAGCGAAUAUGUGAAGAAAUUGCAGUUAUUCCUAGUAAGAAAAUGCGAAAUCGUAUUGCAGGGUACAUAACUCAUUUGAUGAAACGAAUUGAAGAAGGUCCAGUUCGCGGUAUUUCUAUCAAAUUGCAAGAAGAGGAAAGAGAGCGUCGCGAUAACUACAUGCCUGAUAUUUCUAUUGUUGAUCCACGGGUAUUAACUACAAUCGAAGUGGAUACCGAGACAAAACAAAUGAUUGAGUCAAUGGAAUUAAGCAUACCGAUGACAGAUAAAACCGCAAACGCCGGCAUCACUGGUCGACGAUGA